UUAAUCUUCAUGAGCUAGAAGACUACAUCCACAACAUUGAGCCUGUCACCUUCCCACAUCAGAUCCCUGCGUUCCCUGUGAGCAAGAACAAUGUCCUCCAGUUUCCGCAGCCUGGAAGUAAAGAUGCAGAGGAGAGAAAAGAAUACAUUCCGGACUACUUGCCACCCAUUGUGUCUUCUCAAGAAGAUAAAAGUGGAACCGGUCGUUCCAGCCCCAAGUCCAGUUAUCCCCAGAUUGACUCUGCGAGUUGGUGCUGGCCAAGACAAGAUUGUCAUCAGCAAAGUGGUGUCAGCCCCAGAGGCUAAGCCAGCACCUUCUCUGAACAGACCGAAGACACCACCCCCCACCCCGGCUGCUGUCCCCGUGCACAUGAACCCCACCCCGUUGCCGCUGCCACUCCUACCCCAGGCCACGGCGUGCCCUGUUCUGAUGCCAUCUCUGGCCCCUGCCCUGGUGGCAGCGGGCAGCUCCAAGGCGCCUGUGCGGAGCGUGGUGACCGAGACCGUCAGCACUUACGUGAUCCGAGACGAGUCGGGCAAUCAGAUCUGGAUCUGCCCUGGGUGCAACAAGCCCGACGACGGGAGCCCGAUGAUCGGCUGUGACGACUGUGACGACUGGUACCACUGGCCCUGCGUGGGGAUAAUGGCAGCACCGCCGGAAGAGAUGCAGUGGUUCUGCCCGAAGUGUGCCAACAAGAAGAAGGACAAAAAGCACAAGAAGAGGAAGCACCGAGCACACUGACAUCCCUGGAGGGCGGGGAGCGGCGGCAGCUCGGCCCCUCCCGCGCCCUCCCUCCCUGGCCGGAGCCGGUGGGCUCUCUGCCUCCCGGGGCCGCGGAUGAGGAUCCCGGGAAGACGGAGGCCGGCACGGCCGCUCGGAGCUCCGGAUCCCGCCGCCCCUUCCCUUCGGAACACACUCGCCUGCGGGUCCAAGGCCGGGCGCGGGGCUGCAGCAGGGCGCCGCCUCGGGGCUGCGCACCUCUGUCUGUCCGUUACCAGUGACAAGUAUUAAUAAAGGCUGUACCUCGCCCCUUCGGUUUCCUCUGUUACCCGCAAGGCCUUUUCAGUAGGGUUAGGUGAGAAGAUAAUGUCAGCCGCCUCGAUUGUAAGUUAAGGGUGAUAUCAGUAACCCGUACACGGUCAUCAGCUCCUUCCCUCCGCAGUGAGAUAAUCAUAACAUGAAAGAAAACGCUAGUUGAGGAACAUCAGUACAUAUUUUUGUGAUGAGAAUAUAUGAAGCUUCCCCUCCGCCCUCGCCCUGUUUUUAGUACUAACAUGUAAAAUGUUCAGGCUUUUGUGAAAUACCUUCUAUUUUUUAAGAAAAAGGUUUCUAUCAUGUCCUGUUUGCUCCUGUGCAGAUUAUUUUUGUUUAUCCUGAUGUAUUUUAUACCUUUGUUGCAGUCUAAUUUGCCCUCCUUUCAACCGCUGGAGUCUUUCCUCCUGCGUGUACAUUUCAUCAACUUGUAUAGAAACUUCAUACUAAAAAUUCCCCCUCGUGUAAAUAAUAAAUAUUUAUGAAGUAGUUAUUUUUAAAAUUUUUAUCGUGUUUAAUUCUGGCUUUCUCCGAAAUCCCCUGCGAUUUCAGCCACGUCUGUAAUUAAUACUGUAGCGAGCAAAGGCGACAGCGGGGAGAGGCCGGGUGCAGUCACUCCCCGGGCCGCGGCCUGCGCCGGACCGUGCGGGGAGAGGGCCCGGCCCUGGGCAGGAACGCCGGCGCUGUAAAUCUAGAGCUCAUGACUGGGGAUUGUGUCCUUUGUCAUCUGUUUUGCUUCUGUAAACUUACUUGACUUUUAUUAAAAGGACAUGUAGUUUCCAUGAAAGUAAAAAGAAACAAACAAAAAAAGCCCAUAACUGUA